AUGGCAGCUACUUAUGAUUGGCCUUUGCAUCAGCUAGACAUCAAGAAUGCUUUUCUUCACGGCGAUCUUCAGGAAGAGUUUAGUCAGGCUGUUGAGAGAUUUGGUAUGCUGAAAUGUAAAACUGACCAUUCUGUUUUCUACAAACAAUCUGAAACUAGCAUCAUUCUUCUAGUUGUGUAUGUGGAUGAUAUUGUCAUUACUGGGAGUGACAAUCUGGGUAUCACAUCUCUUAAGUCUUUUCUCCAUACCCAGUUCCACACAAAAGACAUAGGGAUAUUGAAGUAUUUCUUAGGGGUUGAAGUUACAAGGAGCAAACGAGGUAUAUUCCUCUCUCAGAGGAAAUAUGUGCUCGACUUAUUAACUGAGACAGGGAAAUUGGGGGCAAAGCCAUGUAGUGUUCCGAUGGUUCCUAAUGUGCAGCUUACGAAAGAUGGUGAACUAUUUGGAGAUCCUAAGAAAUAUAGAAGAUUGGUCGGGAAGUUAAACUAUCUUACGGUGACUCGUCCAGAUACUGCAUAUUCAGUAAAUGUUGUCAGUCAGUUUAUGGCCUCCCCAACAGUUCAUCAUUGGGAAACUUUGGAGCAGAUCUUAUGUUAUUUGAAAAGAGCCCUUGGACGCGAUUGGGCAGGUUCCAAGGUAGAUAGAAGAUCCACAUCAGGCUAUUAUGUCUUUGUUGGAGGAAAUUUAAUAUCAUGGAAGAGCAAGAAGCAGAAUGUCGUGUCAUGA